GGUUCGAUCGAGCGAUCGACAGCACGAGCCCCGACCUGGAAGCCUGAGCGCGUCGCCGAGAGAAGAAGCGCCUCGCUCGGCAGCCGCAGGAGCAGCGCUGAGGACGCUCUCGACGACGAACGCGAAGAUGACCUCGUCCGUGGAGGAGUUCGACGACGAUGACAUCUCGGAGUGGGAGCUCUUCUGGCUCCGCGUCCGCGCCAACCUCCAGUUCAAAACGGUGAAUUUCUGGGAGGAGGUGAGCGGCUCCAUGGGCGACCUGGGCACCUUCAUUCCGCUGCUGCUGACCUUGGCGUUCGUGAACGGGGUCGAUGUGGGCACGACGCUCUUGUUCACAGGCCUCUACAAUGUGGUCACGGGCAUCGUCUUCGGCGUGCCCAUGCCCGUCCAGCCCAUGAAGUACAUCUUCUCCGUGGCCAUCACGGACGGCGACCCUCUGACGGUGCCCCAGAUCAUGGCCGCGGGCUUGAGCACGGCCUUCGUGCUCAUGUUCUGCGGCAUGACCGGGCUCAUGAACGUUGCCACCCGCCUGGUGCCGACGCCGGUGAUCCGCGGGUUCCAGCUUUCGCAAGGCAUCUCGUUCGGAGUCACGGCCAUCAAGUACAUCGUCAAGAAGCAGGACUUCAUGACCGGCAAGGACCUCGGCCCGCGCGACUGGCUGGGCACGGACGGCAUGCUGCUGGCCCUCUGCGCGUUCACCUUCGUGGUGCUGGUGUCGGGCCCGGGCGAUGAUAUGGUGCAGCAGGCGUCGGAGCCCGAGGAGUCGGACGCCCGGUACAGCAAGCUGCCGACGAGCUCCAUGUCCCUGGCGAGCGGGAUCGGCAGCCGCGUGAUGGGCAUCGGCGAGGAGGGGUCCGUGCACCGGGGCACUCUGGCCGAAGGAUUGCUCCGCGCCGCGGUGGAGGAGUCCAUGCUGCUGCACGGGUACAAGCCCGGCGAGCUGAAGGACGUGGACCUGGAAGGCGCCCGCGGCGACCUGGCCACGGAGGCGGGCAUGAGCAAAAUGGUGAUCCCCUCGGCGCUGCUCGUCUUCCUCUUCGGGGUCGGUCUGGCCGUCGCGCGCGACUGGGGGUCCGUGGGCACGGCGGGGCGCGUCAAGUUCAUCUUCGGCCCGGCGUUGCCGCAGGUGGUGAAGAUCACUUGGGACGACUGGAAGGUCGGGUUCCUGCGAGCCGCCGUGCCUCAGAUCCCGCUCUCGCUCAUCAGUACCGUGGUGGCCGUGACCAAGCUGUCGAACAAUUUGUUCCCGGAGAAGAAGAAUGUCACCGCCCUGUCCGUGUCCACGGCGGUGGGCAUCUUCAACUCCAUCGGCUGCUGCUUCGGGACGCUGCCCGUCGAGUGCGGGGCAGGGGGCCUGGCGGCGCAAUUCCGGUUCGGCGCGCGGAGCGGAUUCGCGGUAAUCUUCCUCGGGGCGGUCAAGCUCGUUCUCUCGCUCUUCCUGGGCAGCUCGUUGCUGCGCAUGCUGGCGGAGUUCCCCAUUUGCUUGUUGGGAGUGAUCCUUCUGCUGGCCGGAAUGGAGUUGGCAAUCUUCUGCCGCGACCAGAAUACUCGCCUCGACGCCUUCGUCAUGGUAGUUUGCGCUACCGUCACGCUCUUCGGCUUCAGCGCUCCCAUGGGCUUCACGUGCGGCUUCGCGACGUAUCUGCUGCUGAAGCUCAGACAGAAGAUUCGCAAGUACAUUCUGACCAAAUCCAUGUUCGAGCUCAUGCGACGCUAACGCGCCACCGAUUGAUGAUGGCGGGAAAGCCUCUCGAGAAGACCGAAGCUUGAGAAGUUGAGAUCGUCGCGCUGCCUCACCACCAGACAGACUACUUCUCUUCCUUCAUUCAUCCACCCCCCAACCCAGAGCAACCGAAGUCGAGCAGAGAACGUUGACGAUGACAGAGACUUGUCGGAUGAGAGCGGACAGACCGACGGGGCCGAACCCGAACACCCCGCGCCGAUCGAAGUGACUGGGGUUGAGUGCGCAGCUGCAAAUCGAGCCACACGUACACGAACGUAGACCCCCCGAGAGAGCAAGCGGCCGGCGUCGCGUUCCAGAGCUUGGAGCGUCCAAAGGUAAUCUCCCCUGACUGCACAAUGCUCCGCCAAGCUAGCUGCGAACGCGCAGCUGCGCACUCUAAUAUAAUUCGACUUAAUUCGAGAUUCGAGAGGCUCGGUAAGACCGCCGACCCUGCUUCAGUCGGACGCCAUGCGCCAUCCACCUCGCAUGCAUGUAAAUAAUUGCUGUUGCCGGUUUCCCGACUCGAGUCGAGGUCCCGCUUUCGGGACGACAUCCACGCAGUAAAUGAUCCGAGGCGGUCGAGCAUCAAUGACACAACUUCGAUCCACGAAGACCACAGCCCCGCCCAGCCCAGACCAGCCCAAUGAAAACGCCGCCAUAGAAGCGCAGUCGGACGCACCGCGCGUACCAGCGUCCAGCGUUCCUUGGGACCUCGACUUUACCUUUCGUAGUAGGACAUGACAACGGCCGGCAUCUGUACAAACUUGCUCCUGGAGCAGACUCGGAUAUGAGGCACACGUAAGAGAUUUGGAUUCAUUCAGCCUUGUAAAGAAACAUAAGCGCUGUCCAACACAGCAAGAGCUGGAGAUCGAGCACGAGAUCGAGCAAGUGUUGCCUCCAAGUGUUGUCUGAUAAGAAGACAAACCGUCCCAAUUCAAUUUGGCAUUUGAAAUUGAUUCCUAGCGAGGCCGACUCGACUUCUCUCUCAUUGCUUGUUGAUCUUCUUCUCUACUCUAACAGCGUGAGGUCAGUAGAAAUUUUCGACGAUCCACAGCGCAGGCCGUGGGUCUGAGUUCUGAGUCGGCCUUCUCUGUGGAAGGAGGACGGCAGUGAACACUGCCCAUGUAUCAGCUCAAUGCUUUACAAUUAUGAAAUUCAACUUUCGACCUAUCUAGAUUCCCCUCAGCAUCCGAACGUUUAUAAUUUGAUACUGAAGACAAUUCUGUGAAAACGAGAAUCG